AUGGCAAACGUGUCAAGAUCAAAUUCGACCAGCAAGGUUUUAAAUACUAUGGUGGACCAAGAGUUGACUUUCCCACUUCAGGUUAGUUAUAUAACUAACAUCAUCUUCAACAGCAUUUCUUGCCCUUUCACUGUUCUGCUUAACGUGUUGGUGAUUUUGGCGGUGAAAAGCAGACCACGUCUUCAGAGCAAACCCAAUAUCUUGUUGGCUUGUUUAGCAGCUACAGACGCCAUGAAUGGUCUCGCAGCACAGCCACUUUUCAUCUUCGCAUUAACACUGACGCUAUUACGUAUAAACAAACAAACCCUAGAGUUUUCAAUCGUUAUUCAGAACUUGGUUUCGCGCGCCCUGUUUGUUUGUUCUGCACUGCACCUGAUACUGGUGACUUGGGAGAGACUUGUAGCGAUCAAAUUCACCAUGAACUACCCUUACAUUGUGACAAACAGAAAUAUCAAGCUGGCAGUGAUUACAUUUUGGAUCGUUUGUCUUUUCUCUGAAGUAGUAGCACUUACUACAAACAAAACAAUAUUUACAAACGCUUUAACAGGUCUUGUUUUAAUUGCAUGUGUUAUUUUUGUUUCAUUUUCUUACGGGAUGUUGUACAGAGAAACGCGACGGCAUGAACGUUUGAUCAAAGCUGGACAACUUCCCCAAGAAGAAAAAGAGAGAUUUUCUAAAGAAAGCAAAGCGCUUAAAACAACUGUGUAUGUAGUUGGAGCUGUUCUGAUAUGCCUGACCCCUGUCGCUGCAUGGCUAUUAGUCAGCAGUAUUUUGAGAGUUUCAGACGAAGAAUUUUGGGUACAACUUACUCAGUUGCGUCAAUUGACUAGAUCGACAGUUCGCACGUUAGUUAACUUAAACUCGCUUCUUAAUCCAAUCAUUUAUUGCUGGCGACAAAAAGAAAUGAGACAGUUUGUGUUCAGUAAAUUCUGGACAAGUCGAGAUGUGCAUCCGGCUAACUAA